UUCUUAUCCUCUUUUACAUAAUACUUCAAUGGAAGUUAAUCUUUUUCCUAAUACACGCCAAAAAAUUCCCGAUGAUGUAAAACGAAUUAAGAUCAAUAUUAUUAGUGAUGGAAAACCAACAUCCUACAUUAUUGACGAUUUAGAUAAAGAUAAUACAUUGGGAGAAACACGAAAAAUUUUAUCCUCAACUGAAGAAGUCUUAAUGG